UAUCUCUGCAAGUGAAUCCAACCGUUACAGUCCAAAAAGCAUUCAAAAGAUUUAUUUUGAACCUAGAAUCUGAGAAGGAUAGUACCGCCACAAAUCAAUAUCAUCCAACUGGCCAAUUUGAGUUUGAAUAUGGAUCUGCUGUUUUGGCCAAAUUCAGUGAGAGGUGCCCAAAUACCGUCAUCGAAAAUAGCAAACUGCCAAAGUCGAAAAUUCAGCUUUACUGGGUAGCUCCUCCUGAAAAUAGUGGAUGUGUUUACAUAAAGGCUACAGUGGUUGAAUCACGAGAUAAUUGGUUCAGUGAAGACGGACAGCUUACUAAAAAAUUAUGUGAAGAUAAUACUGAUGAGGACUUCAAACCGCCUAUUGUCACCUCUUGUUGUUCCUGUGAUGAAGCAAAGUACGAGGUAGCUUUCGAGGGCAGGUGGACUCGAAACACUCAUCCAAGAGGAUAUCCAUCUGAUGUAUGGGCUACCAAAUUCAGUGAUAUUAUCGGCACGUCUCAUCAAGUUGACCAUUCAUUUUGGAGUGAAGCGACUAUUGCAAGUGAUGGACUUAAAAUUUUUGCAGAAACUGGAGUAACCGAUAGAUUGGAAAGUGAAUUGAAGGAGAUGGGUGAAAAUAUCAGAACAAUCAUAAAAGCCAGGGGCUUAGGAUAUCCCAAUAUAACUCAAUCGUCUUUUGCUGUUUUUCGAGUUGACAAUAAAAAUCAUCUGGUGUCAUUGGUAACUAAAAUAAUUCCAUCCCCGGAUUGGAUUGUUGGAGUUUCAAAUUUCGAGUUAUGUAAAGAGGAUUGUACGUGGGAGGAAUCGUAUACAUAUAACUUGUACCCAAUAGACGUCGGAACAAAUGAUGGAUUAGAAUACUCGUCAUCAGUGCCAUUAUAUAAACAGAAAGAAAUAGCUCCAAUAACACCUAACAAUCCUAAUGAUCCAAGAUCACCAUUCUACAGUGAAGAUGGUGAACCGAUGAAUCCAAUUGCAAAGCUUCAUUUCACAAGACAGAGGAUCUAUGAAAAGCCCUGUUUCAGUGUUAUUGACGAAGAAAGCAAUAGUUCUACUGAUCACAGUGUUUUACCAACAGAUGAGGCCAAUUGUGAAGUAGAAGAAUGGUCCGACUGGUCUAGCUGUAGUUCUUCUUGCGGAACAGGAGUUAGAAUUAAAGAAAGGAAGUUGAAAUAUCCAAAAAAUGAAGCUGUUUGUCCUGAUGUUGAACUAAUUCGAACAGAAGAAUGUAUUGAGGAGAGAAAUUGUGAAUCAGGGAUCGACACAAACUGUCCAAACCGAAGAUGGGGACCAUGGGGACCAUGCAAUGUAACCUGUGGAUCUGGUUACCAGUCAAGAAUCAUAUUACCACAAGAUGAUAGUCCUGGGGAUGAUGAUAACAAUGAACAAGAACAUGUUUGUUCAAAGCAAGAAAUCGUGGAAUGCAAUGUACCGUGUACAGACUCAAACGAAGAACAAUCAACUAGAAGAGGCGAAGACUGUAGAGUAUCCUGGUCAGCAUGGAGUGACUGUGACUUAAAUGGAGAGUCUUGUGGGCAGGGCGUGACUAGGAGAUCUUAUUCUAUUCUGGCGAAUCCUGAGGAAGGAGGAGAACCAUGUCCACCCGAACGAAUUCAAGAGAAGAUCUGUUCAAUACCUUGUGAGAAAGAAUCUAGAAAAAGCCAAAUUGCCGCUAACUUCUACAAAAAACACGGCAAUUCAGGAUCAUGCAUAAUGUCAAAAUGGUCUGACUGGACACCGUGCAGCUCAAAAUGUGGAACAUCUGCAUUACAACAAAGAUCGAGAAAAAUCAUCUAUAAACCUCCAGAAGUAGGUGCUUGUCCACCGCGACUUGAUUAUAAACCAUGCAAUUUGCCUAUAGCUUGCACCGAUAAAGGUGUUCCAAUUUACUUAUAAUUUUUUGUAUUGUAUGUUAUAUUUUUUUACUAAACUGAAUACAGUUUGAAAUUAUCGAAUCGAAUGUUCAAA